UUCCUAAAUCUUUUGCAUCUUGUGGUAAACCCAUUCACUGUACUAUUGUGCCUCGCACCGAUCCCGCAUCUUCUCGUUUCUCAUCCCACUGGGCUGCUGCUGGCGAUCCACGUUUCUUUGAACACCGCUAAGGACUUCCUUUCUAUUCUCCGUUACCUUCUCAUCAUGGUUUCAAACAAGAAACGGCUGUAUAUAGCUUUGUACCCUAGUGGAGUGGCUAGAAAUGACGAACGGAAAUAUCACUGGGGCUUCCUGACCGGACCCAAGAUUGAAGACGAAGAGGAAGUUCCGGGCACGCGUUACCAUGUCAAGAACCACCCCAUACAGGGCUGGGUGUACGAGGAACGUCACGUCACCAACGUGCAGUCCACCGUCACCCUCCUCGCCCGCAUCCUAAUCGCAAAGAUCGAAGAUGAAAGACGGCUCGUCGCAAGUUUCCGGAACACACCCGUCGUUCAGGCCGACCCCAAUUGGCGCUGCCGUGCAUGGGUCCGGGCGGUCCUGGCGAGCAUCAAAAGGGAUGGCAGGGCGGUUGGAACUUCCAAUCUGAGUUGGGCCGAAAUUGAGCCUUUGGCUCGCGACUACGUGGCGAAGAAGGCCGAAAGCGGGAGGUAUGGCGUGUCUCAAAUCGAAAACAUGAACCAGCCGAAGCCGACAUGGGAUAUGCUCGAGGACAAGGAGAUUGUGCCUUAGACAAUCGAGUGCUGUCCGUCCGUGAGUCGAAGACAAGGGCUGCUGCCCUGCCAGUGCCCAGGGCAAGGGGAUUCAGCUUUUCCAUGUACUAUUAUUUGCAUUCCAUAGGUAUCAAUUCCGUGUUCCGCGCGGGGUUUGUAGGUAUUGCAGGGUUGGAUUAGGUACCCAUGGCAUAAUGGCAACCUGGGUCUCACGGGAGAAAAUAAAAUCCCUGUUUACUUUCACACUGUAGCCUGUUGACGUCCCCUGAGAGCAACGGCUGCGAGGAUCUGCCAUGCCGUGUACAGAAUACCUCUUGACUACUUAGGUACUUGAACGGCAAUGAUUUCGUUUGGACACCGUGGGAUGAGGGGUUGAAUGGGCCAAAACAGUCCGCGGUUCCGGGUUGUCUGCAGUGAGGCCUACCACAGCGUUAAUGUUACACCGGCCUCGUUCGAGUCAG